UGUCGGUCACGUGACCCGGCAGACAAGUAGGUCCAGGAAGUGGACCAGGAAGUGUAGCGUAGGGAACAAGUUACUUAUCAUUCAUGCUGCAGGUUUAUUUUAAUUCAUAUAUACAUGCAUGUCACCCAACGACAAAAGUAAAGAAUUGUGAAGAUGGAUGAAGACCAUUCUCACUGUAUGAGCUGUGUUAACCAGAGAUGCAUGAUCAGACCACAGCUGGGCUUCUCCUGCGAUCUUAUCACCUGCCCACAGGUGUGCGGGGCCAUCUUUCACUCCUGCAAAGCCGAGGAGCACCACCUCCUGUGCCCUCUUUUGAGAGUCCCCUGCCUGAACAGUGCCUAUGGCUGCCCUGCCACUGUGGUGCGCCAACAAACGUACGCGCAUCUAGAGGUGUGUCCUGCCGGGGUGGUGUGCUGUACUAUGGAGUUAAGUGGUGUUGCGCCACCUGUCGAGAGGGGUUCGCUGAGCCCAGAGAGUAAGAUUGUGAGGGUAAUAGAGCCAACUGUCCCGUUCUCGUCACAAUCUUCAUCCUCCGCAGAAUCUGCGAGAGAGAGAAUCAUUAAUGGAAUUAUUGGACUGAAUGAGCAGAACGACACUAAGCUGCACAAGGCCACUUUGGAGACAGCGAGGAGCUUGGCCACCGCUUUGGAGUUGGUCAGCAGUCUCAAUGCCCCUGAUAGCUGCACUGAAGGCAUGAGAGCAGAGGCCACUCUCCAGGCGAGUAGACUGGGCCGCCUCGUGCAGCGUGGACUGAGCGCAAAUGGGUGUCAGGAAGAAAGAGAUACAAAUAGUUCAAUAACUGAGUGUCUAGAGAUCAAUCAAAAGGGAACUCCCGUGCACAUCAGCAAGGGAGUGGCGCAAAGGGCUGGUCAUGUGGUGCUACAAGAAAGGGGGCUGGUCCUAGAAAGCCACAAGCCUGAGUGGAUGCCGCACAGCUGUCAGGGUUUUGACCAUGACAAGUCUCUGUGUCGAUCACAAGCUAAGAUGGAGGACAAAGCUGAUCUGGAACAGGGUGACGACCCCAUGGAACUUGAAGAAAUUGAUGUCAUCACAGCAGAGGAGAACAUCUUCUGCCUGGAAAAGUCCAGAGACUCUCAGAAGAUCUCGGAUACGUUUGGUAUUGACGGAAGCCACGUUGAUUUCGGUACGCAGACCUUCUCUUUUUUAGCGGCCAGCCCGGAGAACUACAUAAGGGUCGGCGACAUGGCCUUAGCCACCCAUCCCAGACCCGUAUGGCGUGGUCUUGUCCUGAAAGAAAUCUGCGCUCAGUUUUUUCGCCGGGAUCAGUUCUCCUCGCAUUUCACUAAUGUCCACGGUGACAUUCAGCCUGGUCUCGACGGGUGGAUAGCGCAUCGUUGCCCCCUCGCUUUUUACGGCUGCCCCUUCUCCCAGCAGAGGUUUUACCCCUCGCGUCCAGGGGCCAAGGUGAUCUUUGACAGGCGGCUCAGGUCCUUCGGAGUCCAGCCGUGUCCCGGUUCAAAACCUUCAGGCGAUUCCCAGUCCAACCUGUUCAGCGGAUUACCGCAUGAGAUACUGUGGCACAUAACUGGCUUCCUGGACAGUUUCAGUCUGUGCCAGCUGUCUUUAGUAUCCCGGACCAUGAGGGACGUGUGCAGCGGUCUCCUCCAGACCAGAGGCAUAGUGGAGCUGCAGUGGGAGAAGACACAGUGCUCCAGUGGGCGCAGGGCGGUUUCGUGGCAGAUUAAACACAAAGUGUGGAGAUUCAGCACUGCUUUCACCCCAGUGCUGAAAUGGGGCUGCAGCGACGUCCCCAGCAUGGCCAAGCACCUCCAGAAGUGCCACUACAACACAGUAGAGCACAGGGCUGAGCCCGUGGCCCUCCCUGCUCUGUGUCCCGAGCUGGACGGCUUCUUGCUGAGUCCCACCCUGCGCCACGUCUCCCCUUAUCCACGCCUCUGGUCGGUACCGGACUGAUCACAUGCCAUUUUUGGGGAAUUUGGUGCAUUCAUAACCACAAUACAAGUCAUAUUGCUACUGUACACUCCACAGGCAUGCAACAAACUGUCUGUUUAAAUGUUAAAUGGAUGUAGUACUUAAAAACACUAUUGAGAGCAUUGCCUUAGCACUGCAAACACGAGUGACUCCCUUUUGUAAGCACAAAGAAAUCGUUCACCUGUAUUUUUAUUGCAAUAUAUGCACUCUAGACUUGUGUGAAUCUAGAAAAUAAUGACAGCACGUUCCCAGGAUUUGUUUUUACUCAUCAAUGUUUACAUCAUGGACUGUUUGAUUUUAGUAUUUACUAAAAAAUGGAUGGAUGAAUGUCACCCUUAUGUCAACCAUCAUAUUGCUCGGUUUAAUGCAACAUCAUUUUUUGUUUUGUUUAUGCUCACUUGAAUAAAAGCAAAAAAUACUUUCCACUA